UGCAUAACUCUGCAUAGUCCUCCUGCCGAGGUAUGAACCGGUAUGAUGUCUGACGUUCAUUGUUCUGCCCCGUUUAAGUCAUGAGUCUUCUAAAGAAUGGAUACUCACCCACCACCCCUCUUUUCCUUCUUUAAUACAUUCAUUGCACCCCUAUCCUUGCACUUUCUUUUGGCUUCUGUGCUGUUGGAGUGUCGCGCGAGAUUUGAGGUCCUCUUGCCCCCCAUCCCUUCCCCUUUGACCUUCCCAACUCCCCGGAGCCCUUGUCACUUGCCUAGUGGCUAGGCAGCAUGCUUGAGAUUCCUGGUGAAUAUGCUAGAACAUUAAAAA